AUGUUGCUGACUAGUCGACAUGAAUACACUUUUUUCAAGGAAUUAGCUAAAUAUGAACUAAAUAAUACCGUAAUGAUGGAUGGAAGUGGGAACGAUGAGUCGUACUCCUCAAAGUUGAAAUGUCUCUACGAAGCAAAAGGUGGUUUGGUCGGCUAG